UUUCCGGAAUGUUCUAGGUGUCGCCCUAGUCGAUUGUUCUAGAUCAUUGAAGCCAAGUCGAGAAUAAGUAAAGAAACUGGCUAUAUAAGGCUUGUUAAUUCGAAAAAUGUACCAAAACCAAUAUCCAAACAGUAGAAUGAUGGAUCUACCUCCCGGAUGGGAAAUGCUGACCGAUACACGGACAGGAUGGCCAUAUUACGUCGACCACAACACUCAGAAUACAAGCUGGGAAGAUCCGAGAUUGACAUACAGAGCAACAGCUACACCAGGACAAUACUUUGUUAGAGAAAUACCAGUUAUGCACGAGUCUUCAAAUGGAAAAUUUAGAUCAAAUGGCCAGCCUUCAUAUCCUUCUCAGCAAGGCUUUGGAACAUUGCCAAGACAAAUGGACAUGCCGUCACUAAACACAUACUCAUCAACUCUCCCAAGGUCUUUUAGAACAGGUUCUCCGAUGUCUGGGAGGAGUUCAUCUCCAGUAGUAAGAGAAAUUCCAAUUCAGCAUUUGUCCUCAAAUCAAGCUAGUCAGCCCCAGCCACCACCACAACAGCAGAGUACAGCUCAGCACACUGGACCUUAUGGAUAUACGAUUUAUACUGGUCAACAGCCAGGUGGAGGAGGGCCAGGACAGCCCGUUAGCUAUCCACAACAGCCACCACCUCCAUUUACAUCACAACAACCUGCUUAUGCGCAGGCUUCAUCUAAUUCCUCCUCCCAAGGUGGAUAUCCUCCACAUGCUAUGGCACAAGCCAGUGCUCAAGCUGGAUAUCCAAAUAACCCACAGAGCAGUGGAUAUUCAAGUAGUACACAAAGCGGUGGAUAUCCAAAUAGUACACAAGGAAGCUAUCCCGACACAACAUGGACAGCAGCAUCUCCUCAAUCCAGUUAUCCACAGACCACUCCUCAAACAGCUUAUCCACAGGCUUCCUCCCAACCUCAGUCAACCAAUACUCAGACUGGUCCUCUGCCUUCUCAGCAGGGAACUAGUUUACCACAAACAACUCCUCAACCAGAGACUAUAUCACAAGAGCCAAAGUUACGAGAGAUACCAAUUGCCCAUGAAACAUUUGUGCCUCGACAGCCACCACUGCAUCAACAAACACACAUGCCGCAGCAUCCACAACAGCAACAACAAAAAGCACAGGAACAAAGGGUGACACCUACACCACCAAGCCAGUCACAAAGAAGUGAAACACCUAACAGUAGUCGUCAGUCUCCUGAAACUGCUGCCCAGUCUGGUAACGGCAAUGGAACCAGUACACUAAAAAAGAAACCCUCUACACCUAUGGAACAAAUUGAGGAAGUGGUAAAUAAUAUAGGGGAAUAUGAAAUGAGGGUCACUCAGUUUAAAGGAACUAAAAAAGACAAGGAGUAUAAAGUGUUAGAGGAAAUGCUGACAAGAAAUUUACUGAAACUUGAUGGCGUGGAAGCUGGUUGUGAUGAUAACGUUCGUCAAAGGCGAAAACAAACAGUGAAAGAGAUUCAGGCUUAUUUAGAUCAGUUGGAACUUAAGGCAUUUUCUCAGGAGCAGAGUUGUGAAAUGGAAACAAGUUCCAAAGAUGAACGAACAGAAAAUAACAAUAAAAGCGCCAGUUUGGAAUCUGCUAAACCGAACAAUAAUGGCAACGGAAAGACCGAACCAAUGGACACAUCUGAUCUACAACGGAAAUCUGUAAGAGAAAUUGUUGAUCAAGUAGAAAAUACUAAAUGCUAGUUGAAGAUGUUAUUUGUUUUGAUUAUUUAUUAAUAAGCUUUUUGUUUAUGACUUUUAUUGCAUGGUCUGUACAAUGUAUAUACUAUAUAGAGACACAUUUUAUUGUUUUUGAGAUGUAUAAAUUGUUAAAAUAUAUAUGCCAUUUGAAUGCCAUGUAUGUUACUCAAUGGAAUUUUAUGAUCUAUUAUUAUUAUUAAGUGCUGUUGUAUUUUUUUCUUGGGGUAUGUUAAUAAAGUACUACACAAGGAAUAUUUAUGUAAGACACAAUGUGUUUAAGGGAUAAACUCUUUUUGUUUUUAUAAUAAUGAGGGAAUUUAAUUUUUCGAGACGUGUAUUGUUAACAAAUGUACCUUAAAAAUUGAGGAAACAUGUCUGUUUCUCAAUACCAGUUCAUAUGAGUGCGGUGUAUAUUUUAAUCUACUAGGCAGUGGUAUUUUAAACAUAAGAUGGAUUCCCUUGGUUAAAUAUUAUUGGGGGGAAACAAUGACUGAUGUAGAAACAAGGAUUUUGAUUAAAAGUUGUAAACAUGUUA